UUCAGAUACAGAGUGCACCAUCCCAGAGCAGCUAUUCCUAGCCAAGCACGGUCAGGGGCUAUUUCCUGUCUGGAGGGCCUGAAGACAUUGACAUAGAAGAUGUGUGAGGAAGAAGACAGCACUGCCCUUGUUUGUGACAAUGGGUCAGGGCUCUGUAAAGCUGGAUUUGCUGGGGAUGAUGCUCCAAGAGCAGUUUUCCCUUCCAUUGUGGGUCGCCCCAGGCACCAGGGUGUGAUGGUUGGUAUGGGUCAAAAAGACAGCUAUGUAGGUGACGAGGCUCAAAGUAAGAGAGGAAUCCUGACCUUGAAAUACCCCAUAGAACAUGGCAUCAUCACAAACUGGGAUGACAUGGAAAAGAUCUGGCAUCACUCUUUCUAUAAUGAGCUCCGUGUUGCACCUGAGGAACAUCCCACUCUGCUUACUGAAGCACCACUGAAUCCCAAGGCCAACCGAGAGAAAAUGACACAGAUUAUGUUUGAGACUUUCAAUGUGCCAGCCAUGUACGUAGCUAUUCAAGCUGUGCUGUCCCUCUACGCUUCUGGCCGUACCACAGGGAUUGUGCUGGACUCCGGGGAUGGUGUCACUCACAACGUGCCAAUCUAUGAAGGCUACGCCUUGCCUCACGCCAUCAUGCGCCUGGAUCUGGCUGGCAGGGACCUCACAGACUACCUCAUGAAAAUCCUGACAGAGCGUGGCUACUCCUUUGUGACCACUGCCGAGCGUGAAAUUGUCCGUGACAUCAAGGAGAAACUGUGCUAUGUGGCUCUGGACUUUGAAAAUGAGAUGGCCACUGCUGCCUCUUCCUCCUCUCUGGAAAAAAGCUAUGAGCUUCCUGAUGGUCAAGUGAUCACCAUCGGAAAUGAACGUUUCCGCUGCCCAGAGACCCUCUUCCAACCAUCUUUCAUUGGCAUGGAGUCUGCUGGCAUUCACGAAACCACUUACAACAGCAUCAUGAAGUGUGACAUAGACAUCAGAAAGGAUCUUUAUGCUAACAACGUGCUCUCUGGAGGCACCACAAUGUACCCGGGUAUUGCAGACAGGAUGCAGAAGGAAAUAACUGCCCUGGCUCCCAGCACUAUGAAGAUCAAGAUCAUUGCUCCUCCUGAACGUAAGUACUCCGUAUGGAUUGGAGGCUCUAUUCUUGCCUCCCUGUCUACUUUCCAGCAGAUGUGGAUAAGCAAACAGGAGUAUGAUGAAGCUGGCCCAUCCAUUGUUCACCGCAAAUGCUUUUAAAUUGCUUUACCUUUAUAUGUCUCCUUAGUUUAUCACUGUGAUCAUAUUCAGGAAAAUACAGCUUAUAAUUUCAUUCCAUAAAUCCUUCAUCAUAAUGACUCUAAUUAAUUGGAUACUAUGUAUUUUUUUUCGGAAUAAAUUGUUAAUUCAAUCAAGCAAAACCCCAAACCAUUUCUGGAGGUGCCUUUCCCGCUGGUGUGACGCGCCACCUUGUGACAUAAUUUUUUUACUACACUGUAGCAGGCUUAGUAGAAAAAGCAGUACCUUUUGUUGAAUGAUAUGUACCAAUGCUAGAAAAUGAUCAAAUAUCAAGCUGCACGUUGUCAAAGUUUAGCCUCAGUAAACAUUUUAGUCUGCAAACAGAACUAUUCUUGAUUUUUUUCAAAGUUCUGGGCCAUAGCAAAGAAGUAUAGCAUCUGUUUGAUACCAGGAUGAGCAUGUGCAUUCUGCUUUGCAUCUGCUCUAUCCAGAAAUAUUAUCUAUCCACAUCACUUCUUAAUUCACGGCUUCCAUGCUCAAAAAGCUGAUUUUUUUAGUGUGUGUCCCAGCUGUAUGAGGCAUAUUGCAAAAUUCUGAGUGUUUUCUUUAAAGAAAUGAAACCUGUUCCUUUGGGAGCAUAGCUAAACACUGGUAUUGGAUUGAACAUGUGACUUUCCUAUCAUAUGCCCUCAGGAUCAGUGCAGCCUCUUAUUUUUAUGCUGUAAUUUUGGGCAAGGUUUAAAGAGUAAUUAAGAUGUCCUAAAACACUUUCUCUUCAAAACAAUUUUUUGGAGGGAGAAUUAAUGUAAUCAAAGUAAUUAAAAUUAUUUAGAAAAUUUUAUUUUUCAGAUUGCAUUUAUAGUCUUAAUAAAUCAAAACCAUACUCAAUUUAGAGGCAUAUGUAUAAAAGAACCUGGGGCCAGUAAUACUGUCUGAAAAGUAUAUAUAGGAAUAAAGAAUUAACUGAGACAGACCUGGAAAGGUCCACUCUGAGGAACUUGCUGUUAUGUAUAAUUCAUUAGAGUUCCAGAUAAAGGAUGCUAUUUAUUUUUGUUACCUAAAGUCCUGUCUAAAUUCAAUAGUUUACCUCACUUGCCUGUGAUUUGUUAUCUUUCCAACUGUAAGCUCUUUGCAAUAGCACCAGUUAUUUACCAUGUCUGUGUAACCUCUGGGUUCCAGAUCUUGUGCAGCUUCUGACUGUUAGAACAUGUUCCACAUUUUUUAUACUAAUCUUCUUAUUUAAAGUAUAGUUCAACUAGGUUCCUGGAACAGGUACUUAAUAAACUCUUGUAAGAACAAA